AUAGAUUAUUUAUGUUAAAGUAAGAAGUUGUGUUGAGCAAUGUUUAUUCAUGAUUUCUCUUAUAAUAAGAAAUAGUGGACAGGUUUAUCUCUCAGGGAGAGACACAGGAACAUUUGGAGAAGAUGAAGGCAUAAAAUGAGAGAUUGCUGCUUGAUCUGAAGGAAGAGAUGGAUAUGUCACAGACUCAGUAUCAGGAUGUAAAAUACUCACGAGAAACUGAAUUCUCAAGUGUCUGACAUAUGCUGCAGGACUUUGAGCAUGACCUGCAGCAGGAGCAGCAGCACCGUGAUGCAGCUCAAGAAGGCCUGGAGAGACUCACACAUACACUAAACACUGUCAAAGCAGGAGUGCAGCAGCUCAGUGACAGACUACAGCCCAUACCCCUGAUGAUUUUUUUGGCUAAAGGAGGAACUACAGGGAAGUGAUCUGGCAACCAUCUUGAAGGAGUUGAAGGAAGAAGAGGGGAGGAACACAAACUAGUCAUGUUGGUUUCCAUGCCAGAAUAGCAGGGAAACUACCACAGUACAACACUCGCGUUCAGCCGCCUGACACCCAGAAACAGGACUUUUUUGAUGAUGAGGAGGACAGCGGCGUGGAUGACGGUGAUGUCACCAACCGUGUCACACUGAAGCAGCAGUCGCAGUCAAUCAUCGACGCAAACACCAGGAGGACGACUCACAUCAAAAAGAGGAAAAGCCAACUCUGAUCUGAUCCAGUCAAAGGAAGAGAGACCAACUUUAGAAAAUACCUAGAUUUUAUAAACAAUUUGACAAUCCUAAAGCAUUGUACUUAACUCCUUAUGCUUAAAUAUUAUGUUUUCAUAACAAAAUAUUCAGAGGAUUCAUCCUUUAUUGCCAUAACAUUUUCCCUCAUUUUAAAACCAAAACCCUUAUGUGAAUUGCUUCAUAACAACACAUGAUCACAGACCUACUUCACGAAUGGGAUUCUAAUCAUUAAUAUUCUUAUUGCAUGUUAUGCAGAAUGACAUUCCCUUGUACAGGUUCACUUUUCUACACCAUUUACCCUUCCUGACCUUGUUAUAUAAGACUCUGAAGGCACUGAAGCAGAUAAAAGUGUAAACGGCUGAUCUGUACACCAGAGUGUGAGAGAGAGGGUGUGUGUGUGUGUGUGUUUCAUAAGGCACAGCUGAAAUGAACACUGAAAUAUGCACUAAGAGAUAAUAUAGUUACUUAUAACCUAUGGUCCUUUCUGUACAUGCCAUCGGUUUAUAAUCUACAUUGUGUUUCUAUUUCUGGUUUAUCAACAUUAAUGAAUCACAACUGUAAAUUACAGAUAUUUAUUAACAACUGAAAUCACGGCUGAUAAAUAAGUUUUAUUUCUAAUUUGGCUGUAAGUCAGUUGGUUUUCUGUUCUCUUUGUUAAAUCACACAAACAGGGCAUAGAUAUUAAAAACCAUUCCAACAAAGAAAGUGUAAAAGUCAAUAAGAAAUAUCUCAGAGCCAAUACCAUGGCUCUGAUUCAGUAUAUGAAUACAUUGUUUUGGAACUGUCUGAAUCAUUAACUUAAUGAGCAACUCUGACAUUUUCUCUGCUAUUUCAUAACAUCUCACCUUUUCAGUCUGGCAACCGAGCGAGGUUCACGUACAUGCGCAACAACCGCACGAUUUUACUUCGUAUGAGCGCCAAAGUUUUAACGUUUCUUUGCCAAAUUUAAACACAGAAGUGAGUUUUGCUAAUAGGACGCGCUCGUGUUCGAAAAUAAGUUAAAAGGAGGAGGCGGUAAUGGAUUGGAAAUCUGAAAAAGGAGGCCUGUGUCUUUGUUUACCACGAUCAUGAAGGAUCAUUAUGGAAGGUCAUGGCAUCCCAUCUCCUGGUUUUAGCAGAAUUCAAACAUGGAGUUUUAGGAGCUGAUCCACUACGAACAAACACUGGAUAAGGAGCAUCAUCCACAGAAGUUGGUGUAUAAUUCAGGUGGAGGAUGAGGUCCUCUCUGGUGGUGUCUGGUGGAGAGAAGGGUCUGCGAGCGCGAUUUGAACGAAUGAGGAAUCUGCUGUGCCAGACUGGGCAUCAUGUCGAUGUGCAGAUGGACGAGGAGCCCGGCAUUUGGCUCAGGAGCUUCCAUCUGCUGGACCUUGAGGAACACAGUGAGGACCCGGUGCAGGAGUGGGGAGAGGAGGUGGAAGACGGGGCCAUUUAUGGCAUCACUCUUCACCGAGAACCCAUCCAGCCCCCACCUGAUGCCCCCGAGAACUCUUCUGCCUUCAGCUUCAUGCAGUACCGCACACAGAAGGUCCGCAGGCUUAAAGCAGCCACUCUGGAGCGUCUUGUUACAGAAUUGGUGAACCCGGAGUGCCCUGACCCAGACUACAUGCAAAUCUUCCUCUCCACCUACAGAGCCUUUACCUGCACAAAUGCUCUCAUAGAACUCCUGUUUCAAAGAGAGAACAUGGUUACCAAUCUGGACAACAGUGUCUGCGUUAGAAGUUCUCUGCCUCGUCUGAUUCGGCUAUGGUUAGACGAGUAUCAAGAGGAUUUUCGGGAUUCUCCAGGUCACCAGGCUCUUCUUCUGCUCUGUAUUCAUCUGCGUCAUCGCCUCUGUUUCAGACGUCUGGUUCAUCAAGCUGAUGCACUUCUAAAAAAAAUUCAGACGGAAGGCAAGCUCGGAGAUGCAUCAGCAGAAACCAGCACAACUGCUGUAGAGAAUCAGACAACUGAAGAUGCCACAGACAGACUGGACACAGAAGAGACUGGGGAUGUACUGGCCUUCCCCGCACGAGACAUUGCUGAGCAGCUCACGCUAUUAGAUGCUGAGCUCUUUGUCAAAGUGGUUCCAUUUCACUGCCUUGGCUGCAUUUGGUCUCAAAGAGACAAGAAAGAGAAUAGAAAUAUAGCGCCUACAGUCCGUGCCACCAUUGCCCAGUUCAAUGCCGUCACUAACUGCGUUAUCACCUCUCUGCUGUGCCCUCUUUCCACAUCCCCUCCUGGUUCCCCAUCCUGCACUCGCAGCGGCCCUACACACAGGGCAAAGAUUAUUGAGAAGUGGAUCUCUGUGGCUCAGGAGUGCUAUCAGUUGAGAAACUUCUCCUCUCUAAGAGCCAUCUUAUCUGCUCUUCAGUCUAAUGCUGUUUACCGGCUAAAGAAAACUUGGGCAGCAAUCAGCAGGGAGAGUAUGGCUGCCUUCGAUCACCUCUGUGACACAUUUCCUGAUGAGAACUGUGUGCUGGUCAAUCGAGAUAUUCUUGUAGAGGAAGGAAGCCAGGCAGCUGAUGUUGACACUCACAGCGCUCCAAAGUCUCCCAGACUCAGUCCUACAUCCGAGCACAUGACCCCCUCCAGCGGUGAGGUGCCUUACCUGGGUACUUAUCUGACUGUUCUCACCAUGUUGGACACCGCACUAAGUGAUAAUGUAGAGGGGGGUCUCAUCAACUUUGAGAAGCGUAGAAAAGAGUUUGAGAUUCUGUCUCAGAUCAAGCAGCUGCAGGCGUCAUGUGCUCACUACAAACUCCAAUCAAAUCCUCACAUCAUUUCCUGGAUCAACGGAGGCAUACCCCUUUCUGAUCAGAAGAGCUAUGAGUUGUCAAGAGAUCUGGAGCCACCAGUUGACCCCUGUCCCAGCUCUCCCAACCCCUGGAGCCACCGGCUCAUCACCAAGAAACUGACCUCAUUGCUGUCUGGCAGUGAGAACUUCUCAAAGAAGACUUUUGCUGAUCAGAUCAGUGUAUCAUCCUCUGGCUCCAGUGGCUCAGAGAUGGAGGAUCUCAGCAGCCCCAACCUCUCACCACUUAGAUACAAAGUACAGUCUGUAUCCUGUCAGGACAUCUCAGUGGACACAGCCACCUCCUCUCUGACUCCGCCCAGCUCUUUUCGAAGAUGCCUACAGGCGGAUAUGUCUGCCCUGAGCCCUGACAGCCCCUCCCCUACAUCAUCUUCAUCUACAUCAUCUUCAUCAUCAUCCUCUCCUUCUCUCAAGCAUCUCAUGUACAACAAGCAGGUCGCUGAUUCUUGCAUCGUCAGAGUCAGUGUGGAAUUUGGCAACAAUGGAAACGUUUAUAAAAGUAUUUUGAUAACCAGUCAGGACAAGACAGCUCAGGUGAUUCAGAGAGCUCUGGAGAAACACAACUUGGAGGAGAUGAACUGCCAAGAAUUUAGUCUCACACAAGUGCUCUCCAAUGACAAAGAGUUGCUGAUCCCAGACAAAGCCAACGUGUUCUAUGCCAUGUGCACCACUGCCAACUUUGACUUUGUGCUUCGCCAGCGUUACAAAAAUCUCAGCAGAGCACCUGGCUCAUCCUGGAGUCCUGGAGCAGUUUGGAGGUCCCGCAAGUAACAGAACCUCGAUGACAACUCACAAUAUGGUGGCAUCAUACAUGAAAAACUAUAAAAGUGAAAAAAGACUAUAUAACCACAUGGACGACUGUGAUGUGUGUGUGACUACUGGAUGUGACGCUUAGUUAAAUUUAAAAACAGACUGAGCUCUAAAGCACCCUAGAGUCACAAGAUAUGACAACAUCUCACUCAGUAAUGUCUCACUGACAAAUAGCAAGGAAACUGUAGCACAGCUGCCACAACAACAGUUCUGAUUUAAAACUGCAGGAAGAAACAAGACCUUGACAAGUUGCAAUAAUUGGCCACAUCUGCUUCCAGUUUCUUCAGAGGUUUUGCUUUGAAAUGGGAGGUAACGCACACGAUCCCUGAGUUUUAUUGAGGAACAUCUGGAUGUAGGUAGAUGAACACCAGUAUGACCUACAAAUGCAAGCGUUUAUGUAGCUAAUAUUCAGCAAUAGGUGAAAAGUGAAAUUUAUAUUAUAUUUAGGUUGUUUUCUAAGUGACAUAAUAAAAAUAUUUAUAUAAUAUAUUUUAUUUAGUUUUAAUAUAAUUUUAAUAAAGAUCGCGAUAUUUUAAUGUUUGAUGCAUUUCAGUUUUAGAGUAUUUAAUUUAACUUUUAUAUGUGCUAAUUCAUCUCUUUUGUUUGUUCUGUGUUCUGUAUAGUUCUGUUUCCUUUCAGCUCUUUCUUUUUAAUAUUUUAGCUAUAUUUAUGUGCAAUAAUUUCGAACCUAUAAGUUGUUUCUUUAUGUUUUUAAGACUUUUGGCAUCUGUGCCGCAUCUUUGUUUGAAUGAAGGAUGCUUGAACUUCUUUAUCACUUGUUUUUCUCAAGUUGAAUAUGUUAACUUGUUUUUCUGGUAGUGUCAAAUGAAGUAACUCAUCCAUAUUGGAUAUCUCGUGACUUUCUGAGCAAAUGCAAUUCAGAGAGCUGAAGAGCCCUGUGUAUGUGUUUUGUGAAAGUUAAAGUAAGUUAGUUGCUGAAGGAUGUGAAAUGUAAGUGCUUGGUGUGUGUGAAAUGGUUUGCUGCUAAAUAGUGGUGCAGGUGUAGUGUUCCUUGGAAACUACAGCAAGUGUUUUUGCUAAAUGGAAGAGGGCCUGAAUCAGCAUUAAAAGCACACUAUUGCUGUUUGCACAGAAAGCCACAAUUCCUGACUGAAACGUGUCUGUCUUUGUGUUAUUAAAAAGUUAAUUUGGCACUUA